AGCAAAAUGGCGGACAGGUUGAAAUUGUGUUGCCUCUAGAAGCAGUGUUAUCAAUGUGAUUUCUGGAUCGCGCGCAUCUUCUAAUUAGUAUCUGUUUGGAAUUUAAAUUUUACUACGCAGAAAAUUUAUCUGACGUGAAUUGAUUAAAACCUCAGCUAAAACAAAAAUGCGUAUCAACUGACAGGCCAAAUUGUUAUGGAUAACGCGUCUCUGUUUUGCACCGAUGGUCCAUUCACUGUUUUUAAGAUUAUCCCUUACAUUGAAACAUAACUCAACAGCAUGGUAUAAACAAAUAAUCUACGCCGUUGGAGGCCUUCAGAUGUACAAAAAAGCCUGAUGAGUAAUGCUUCAGCAUAGAUGACAGGUAUUAGACGUUGUUAACAACAGACAUACGUAAUCUCACACAACUGCUUCACGUUCAAGUUUACCGAUCGCGAAAGAUAUGCUGCAGGAUAAAGUAUUUCUUGAGGAUGCGAUAAAAACAGAAGAAGAGACUGAGGAAUCAAGUUCUAGUGACGAGGAACUUCCAGACGUAAUAAUUGACCGGCCCCACUCAAAAUUGUCCUCUUUUGACGGUGGGCUUCUUUUAGUGUGGGGCUGUGGAGAAUUUGGUCAGCAUGGUCAUGGCCAUUUUAAAGAUGUGCUCAUUGAUGAUGCUUUAGCUAGUCCCUUGUGGUUGGGACAAGACAGGAUGGUCGUUGAAGUAGCUUGUGGAUCAAGUCACACUUUGGUCCUUACUGAUGAUAACAAGAUAUACAGUUGGGGGAACAGUAACAGUGGCCAGUUGGGAGUGGAUACUACUGAAACCAGUCCUGAUCCCCGCCUGGUGCACUUGGGGGUUUCAUCAGGCACUAAGCUGACAGAGAUCACAUGUGGUACAAGACACAGCUUUAUAUGGACGCAAGAUGGUGACUGUUUCAGUUUUGGCAAUAAUUAUAGUGCGCAGUUGGGAUAUGAUUUCAGGAAACCGGAUUUCAAGGAAAACCAGCUUCUACCAGUUUUUGUAGAUACUCUUUUACAGCGUUCUGUUUCUCAAGUUGCUUGUGGAGCUCGCCAUUCUGUAUUUUUGUUUACUAAUGGACAAGUGGCUGCUGUUGGGGUAAACAACAGAGGCCAAAUCGGAUGUGGCGAUACCGUAGAUGUGAUCUGUCCAAAGACUGUUCCUGACUUACCACCAAUUUCUGUUAUUGCUUGUGGCAACAGUCACAGUAUAGCUGCAGAUGUUCAUGGCAGUGUACACGUUUGGGGAUACAGCAAAGCAUGUGGCUCCAAAACAGAUGUCUUGUCUCCUGUACAUGUGUUUUCAAGCAGUGAAUCAAAUGGAAUCCAGGAUUUAGCUGGGGGUGACUCCCAUUCAAUGAUCCUUACUUCAGACGGUAUUCUUUACUCCUGGGGUAAUAAUUUUGAGGGUCAACUGGGACAUGGAAAGUCUGUGAAGUUUCUCAGCGAUCCAACAAAGUUGAGCCCCAGUUUACUUCCUGGAAUGGUGAUCAGUGUUUCUAUUGGUGAGAACACUUCCGCUGCUGUCACAGAUGAUGGAAAAUUGUACUUGUGGGGCAAAAACGCGAGCCAGAUUAUCCGUGUGAAUGAAAGUAGCAGGUUUUUCCAGUUUGAACCGUUUCAUGUCUCCCUGGGAACGUGGAAGGCCUUGAAGGUUUCGUGUGGUUCGUGGCAUGUGGCGUGUAUAGUUUGUCCCAAUCAGAAUAGCAGCAAGGCGGUUGCCAAAAUUUCCGAGGGAAGACCUGAAGUAGAAACAACUGCUGUCGAGAAUGAGGCUGACGAUAGCUUGUACGAUACUCCACUCGAAUUAAGGCGUGAACAGGAGACAGGCAUGAAACCGAAAGAUAAUUUUACACCGAGUGAUAAGGAAAUACCUGACAGUGAUGAAAGAGGAAUUUCUGAUGAUUCUUUAAAUCUUUUGAAUCAGACAGUUUCAACUGUUUCAGAGAAUGAUGAUUUAGAAAGUCGCAAUACAGAACAGACUGAGAGCUCUUAUCGUGAAAGUUUUAGCAUAGAUUACUCCGUGGAUAGAGAAGUCAAUGGGGUGGCUGAUAAUAUGAAAGUUAUAGAUGGAGCAAACCUAGAUAAUUCUGCGGUUGCAAAAGAUUUAGAGGAAAAACCUGCUUUGAGAGAAAAUCAAGAAAUCAGUGACCAUGUAAAUAAACUGGUAAGCGAGGAAAAACCGGCUAUCAGCCCAAAAGCAGCACAGUUGUCUGCGCCUGGUGAUCCAGCCAUAAAGGGGAUGAGUGCACGCCUGAUAAAAAAUUUGGAACUAGGAUUUGUGGAUCGGAGUUCACUUCUAAAUAACCAUUAUCCAUCAAGGACGCGCGAUAUCGUGACCAAAGAUAAAGAUAUAUCGACUUUUAGUGACGCACUGUAUGAAGUCAGGCCGCUCUCCAGUAAUUUAACGGAACAAAAAACAACCUCAUCCAUCAAUUUUGAAUCAAAUAAGCCAGACGAGCAAACUGAAAAUAAUUUUGAGUUCAGUGUAGACGAUGAAUUUGAUUACGCUUUUGAAAAGUACAAAGGUGAAACUAACGUGGUUGAACCAGCAAGUGAGGACAAAAAGGAGGCAGUCGCCGAGAAUAAAGGCGAAAUUCACCGUGUAACAAGACCAAGAGCUUUCUCUGAACAGCGUAGUGGUGACGACGCUCCUGUAUCGCAAGGAAUUGCAAGCGCUCUGCGGAGCGGGUCUCUUGACAGUUUGAAACUUCAUCGUCAUCAGGACGAUACUGCCAAGGAUGUCAAGUCAAGUCGGGUUCGUUGCAGUCCUCCUGCUCAUUCACAGAGCCCAGUGGGACAACUGAACAGAGAAAAAAGGCCGGCUAGAAUGCUACGAUAUACAUCCGUUGACAUGGAAUACCACUUACCUAACCAGCCUGUGCACACUGUGGAGAUUGGUGUCACACCCUACUACCGACCACGCCCUCCCAUGAAUCGCACGCAAUCUAGUCCCACUCUCUACUCGUCAAACUUAAUCGGCAGUCCCCUGGGUUCUAGGAGGAAAAAUUCCCUCUCGGCGAAGAUUCCCAGACCUCCCGCCUCCAGUGUUAACAGUGGCGAGAACCUUCCACCCAGACCUCCUACGUCCAGUGUUAACAGUGGCGAGAACCUCCCGCCCAGACCUCCUGCGCGCGGAAUCAGGCGUCCCAUUGGUCACAAGCCUGUGUUCUCAUCCGGAAACUCAUGGAGAAAGCGGAAGUGAUUAAAGUGUAACGAUUCAGGAGGAAUUAUUCUCAUUUUCAAGACGUAAAGACUAUUUUUACCGAAAAAGCCCCCUUACGCUUCCAUCUGUGUAUACUAACUGAAUUUGUUUGUGAUUCUUUUUGUGAAAAAAUCUCAAAGUACUUUUUGUACCAUUGCCAUUUCGUUCAAUUCUUUAUUUCAGUGAAGAGAAGAAAAUUCUAGCAAUAGGAAAGUAAAAUAUUUUGAAAAUGUCACGACACUUUUUCAUUUUUCAGUACAAAAAUGAUAAAGGCCCCAAUAGAAAAAAGACAACAGAAGACCAAACAGCAGCCGAGUUUGUUUAAUUUCACGGGCCGAGGUUUUUCAAUUACUCGUUUGGCUAAGCUGAGAAAGAAGGAUUUUUUUGUUAUUUUUCGUUGCGAAGUGGAAAUAGUUUUCACUAUCGGCGUGUUAAUUUUUUGUCUAUUUGUUUGUUUGGCUGGUUGAUUGAUUUGUUGUUGUUGUUUUCUUUACCAUUUCUCUUGUUUUGUGUUUUUGGUUUUGUUUCGCCUUUUGUUGUUUUUUUGGAAGUUUCGUUGCACUGUGUUUUUUAACGCACCAGCGCCAUCUGUUUCAUUAAUCCUUGCCACCUUAGCAUCAGUAUACAUCUCCUACACGCUGCUCUCUAGAUAUCUAAAGGCGCCGACAAGGAGAAUUUGUUUACAAAUUGAAACCCUCUCAGUUGCUGAUCAUUUUCUUUGGUCUCAUGACCUUAAUGUGUGAUUCAGGGGUUAUAUUGUAAGGAGAAAUUAGAUGUUAGUCACUCCUAGAGGUCAAAGGUAAAUGAGGGUUAGCGUAGUUUUGAUCUGAACCAGUGCACAGUACUUUUUCCACAGACUUUAACUGGUUUGGAAACAGUUUUAUAAAGAGAUCUCAUACUAGAUGGUCCCUUCUUGUUUUAUUUAUAAGUGUGUUACAGCAAUGUAGAUUUAUUUAUAGACUAGCAAUGUAGCGCAUUAUUUAUUAGAUUUUGAGGUUGAAGAAGUAAAAGUAGUUAUUUAAGCCAAGCCAAAGGGAAGACUGUAGAAGAUUAAAUGCUUAAGUGAAAAUAGCAGAGUAGUGAAACAAAAUGGCCAGUUGAGGAACAUUCUUUGUUUUAUUUUUCAUGAGUGUCUUGUCUUUUAAAGUCUUAAGUCAUUAGGUUAUCGGAAUUCGAAAUAAAGCUAUUUUUAUGGUUUUACCUACUUGAAGAGUGUUAAGAUUUUCAUUUUACUUUGUACUCAUAAUAUUUUCAAUAAAAUGCAUU